UGUCAACUCGGCUGUCCACUGGCACUCCCCCGCACAGCGCACCCCAGCACGCUUCCCACCAGAGUCGCAAGAUCGACUACUAGCCUUCUCCCUUCUCCGGGCCGAUGGCGGGGAAGCGAGAGACAUCUGACCCCAAACAGAUGGCCAGAGCUGUCUUGAAGAGUUGGAUCAGUCCAGCUUGCGUUGUAUGUACAUUUGCCGCCACCUAUCGUUCACCGGCUCGGAGACGGUAAGAGCACAAGAUACCCACCAUGACAUCGCGUUCAACCGACGGAAGGAUUCGGCCAUGGGGUGGGAAAGUGAGUGGGUGGCUCGGAUGGUUGGCGGCAGCUCAAAUCUCUCGGUCGGUUCGCUCACCAGGCGGAUGGUGCGCUAAGCUCCUUUUAGCAACAUCCUCCGGCUCGCCGAGAAAACGAAGAUCUCGGUCUCCACCCCGAGAACAGGAGCUUUGCUCGAUCGAGAAACGCCUCCUGCGACGGUCAUGGCUGAGAAUCAUCGACGAAACGCGACAGCCGACGGAAAGUAACUUCCACUUGAGCAAGGCACGUCUGGGCAGCCGUGAGCGGAUGAUUGCUGCCUUCCUAGCUUCCCCUUCUCGCCGAGAAGAAUGGCGUGCAGCCACGCUCCACCCCACUUUCACAAGCUUUCAAGCUCCCUACGCAGCCCGGAUCACCAAAUUGCCUACAUCACGGAGCCGUCUCUCUGGCAGCAUCGAUAUUGAAUGCCUUCUAAGUAAAGAAACUCGAUAUUAGCACGCAGCGGCCGUCACUGCUGUCGAUAGAGGAGGGGCGGGCUGCAGCCCUACCCACCUCAUCAGAAUCCCAGCUGCCCAGUUAUCGCCAGUUCUCUGCGGCGCCGGUUGCCU